AUUAGUGUUAGGCCAGUAAUAUUGUCAUUUUGACACCAAUUAAAGUAGAUCUAUGCAUUUCUUUUUACAGUUAGAACGAAGCUACCAGAGGUUCACAGCUUUUUAUGCCAGCCGUCACAGCGGGAGGAAGCUAACCUGGUUAUACCAGUUGUCUAAAGGGGAAUUAGUUACCAAUUGUUUCAAAAAUAGAUACACCUUGCAGGUAAGUAAUGGUGUUUCAUUGUAAUCUUUUAAUUUAGGGGACUAAGAGUAUAAAUCUUUUCUUUGAGACAUUAUUUAUCAUUAUAAAGGAACACUCUUGUAUCCUAAGGCACUUUAUAUUGCUGAAAUGCUUUUUUGUGAAGAGCGUGUCCUCUUAUUUUUGUUUUACAAAAAGUGCAGAUUUGUAUUGCAAUUGACAAUAUAUCAGCAAACCUAGUUACACCCCCUUGCUGUCAAUAGAUAACUGGUCUUUUUACUUCCUGGUUGUUUGUUUAAGUGGGGAGUACAUGGUUUGCAGAGACUUCUCAUUAAGCUUUAUUGGGAUGUCUGAUUGGACAGCCACAUAAAGUCUGGACUAUGCUAGAAGUGGAGGGCCUGCAAAGGCUUCAGACAAGAGAUCUGUUUUUUUGCAAGCUGUUUUUAGAUAUAUCCCCAUUGAAAGAGAUGCAUGCAUGUUUUUAUUUAGAGUUAUACUUAGUAAAGUGUGAUUUUAUUUACUUUUGGCAGUCGAGUGCCCCUAUAAGCAUGCACUCUUCUCUUUUUAGAAACUAAAGUGCUUAAAGGUAAUGAAAAUCGAACGUUUCCAUUAUAGUUUGGUCAAAACUUGAUUCUUACCAGCCAUCCCACCUCUUAUAGUUGACUAAAUGUAGGCCAUCUGGGCUAGUCAUAUUAUAUAUAUAUAUAUAUAUAUAUAUAUAGUCAUUUUAAAGGAACACUAUUGUCACCUAAAUUACUUUAGCUAAAUAAAGCCGUUUUAGUGUAUAGAUCAUUCCCCUGCAAUUUCACUGCUCAAUUCACUGUCAUUUAGGAGUUAAAUCACUUUGUUUCUGUUUAUGCCGCCCUAGCCACACCUCCCCUGGCUAUAAUUGACAGAGCCUGCAUGAAAAAAAAAAAAAACUGGUUUCACUUUCAAACAGAUGUAAUUUACCUUAAAUAAUUGUACCUCAAUCUCUAAAUUGAACUUUAAUCACAUACAGGAGGCUCUUGUAGGGUCUAGCAAGCUAUUAACAUAGCAGGGGAUAAGAAAAUCUUAAUUAAACAGAACUUGCAAUAAAGAAAGCCUAAAUAGGGCUCUCUUUACAGGAAGUGUUUAUGGAAGGCUGUGCAAGUCACAUGCAGGGAGGUGUGACUAGGGUUCAUAAACAAAGGGAUUUAACUCCUAAAUGGCAGAGGAUUGAGCAGGGAGGCUGCAGGGGCAUGUUCUAUACACCAAAACUGCUUCAUUAAGCUAAAGUUGUUCAGGUGACUAUAGUGUCCCUUUAAGCAUCAAAAGCAUUUCACACCUAGGCACACCUUCUUUUGGCUGUGGAACUUAGAGCCUCCCUUCCAGAAAAUCUAGCUCUGUGUAGGCCUCCUCUUAUGUUCUUCUCAGCUACAGAGAAACGGGGUUGGGUUUUUUUUUUUUUUUUUUUUAGGAAUGUUGGCAGCAGCAUGUUGUAAGAGAUGUUUUACCUUUACAUGUUUUACCUUGCGGUUUAUUGAUCAAUGUAAAUUAACUAUGGUGUAAUUUUUUAGUUAGAUAUUUGUAUAAAAAGUAAGGCAUAUCUUUCUGAUCUAGGCAUCCACGUUCCAGAUGGCAAUCCUGCUACAGUACAACACAGAAGAUGCCUACACAGUUCAACAGCUAACAGACAGCACACAGAUAAAAAUGGUAUGGUUUUUAAAUCUACCUUUUUUUUUUCUUUUUUUUUUUCUGUAGAUUGUCCGUAUGCCACUUAACGUUUCUUGGUGUACUGAAGUAGUUUUGUGUGUGUAAUUCAUAACAUAUAUAUCCAAAUGUUCUUACGGACCUCACACUGAGGUUGAGUCAUCAUAUAUACAGAAAGUGCAUGUUAUAUUUUAUCUUUUACAGGACAUCUUGGUGCAAGUUCUUCAAAUUUUGUUAAAGUCUAAAUUAUUGGUAAGUUGUUUCUCAAAUGCAUCUAAACAUUUAAUAAAUGGCAAUUUUUAUUUUUUGGAGAUAUUCUAGGGUCUUAAAUCUGUUAAGGAUGACCAGAUUUUCAUUGUGAAAGUUUAUAACAAAAAAGAAAUAUUUUAUUUGAGAAUUGCAUCCUCCUUUUCUUAGUAUUUGAAUUGUCUUCCAAGAUUUGCUUUUUUCUUCAGGUUGCAUGAAUAGCAAUUAUUGAGUCUUUAAUAUAAGUCCUAUGAUUUGAGAUGAAUGGAUAUUUAUAUCUCUAUUCUCAUGAGCAUAUUCUUUUAUAAAGAUAAAUGUUUGAAAUGGUGUUCAUAUAUUUUUACCUCAAAUAUUUCCAAAAACAAAAAUGUGUGUGUAUAUACCUCACAAUCAUAGGGCUUGUAUGAAAAUCAUUACGUAUAUUUAAAGAGACAUUAGAGGAUAAAUAUAUAUGAACACCAUGUAAUAAACGUAUUUAUCUUAAUAAAUGAACAUAUUCCGUUAUCCAUAAUUCUUUUUUUCCCUCUCUCCAUCUCUAGUCAUGCCUUAGGUGGGGUGCACUGCCUAAUAGUAGUUCUUGUCUGACCGCUUAAUUUAAUAAUUUUUUUCUAAAAAAAAAAAAAAAGGUUUUAGAAGAUGAAAAUGCAAAUGUGGAUGACGUGGAGUUGAAACCAGACACCUUAAUAAAGCUUUACCUUGGCUAUAAAAAGUAAGUUAUAGUUCUCAAACUGCCAAAACAAUAAUUGUAGGAACAAUGUCCUGAUCUAGUCUUAAUGCUUAAAAAUGUAGGAUUACUUCUGUCACUCUAGCAAAUAAUCGUUCCUAUAAUAUUAACAUCCAGAACUGAUGAAAAGUAGUUUUGUUUUUUCUUUGUUUAGUUUGGUUUACUGUAUGCUGAAUAUAUUUAAUAUUGAUUUAAUGUUGAAUUUUCAUUGUAUUAUUUGAGUUUAUCUUCAAGAUUAGCUAGGAGUAUAUAAAACCAUAUCCUUAUCACUUGAUUUUUCUUGUACAUAUACACUUAGGGGUGUAUUCACAAAACUGAUAACUUUAGGUGCAAAUAACAUGGGGGUAUAGAGAAUCAUCCACCUCCAGUAUAAGCAUAGCUUGGCUUUGUUAGCCUACAUCAUUUUCAUUUGCUUUUCAGUCUGCUGUAGUUCAGUGUUUAGUGAAUAAAACUGAGUUCAUGUUAAGGAAUAUAAUUGUAAAAACUCUACAACAGUGUUCUGUAUUAUCCAAUAGGUUGCCUCUAAGUUUUCUGACAAACUUUAUUGAUGUCUUAAGCGAAAAACAUAAAUGAGCUUUUAAAGAGAAAUAAAGCUAUUAUAAUCCGUGAGCCAUGGGCUGUCUAGUUACUGUUAACGUCCUAUUUCAUUGCAGUAAGAAAUUAAGAGUGAAUAUCAAUGUGCCCAUGAAGACUGAACAAAAGCAGGAACAGGAAACGACGCACAAGAACAUAGAAGAAGAUCGGAAAUUGCUUAUUCAGGUGAAAUACUAUAUUAUUGUUCCUGUAUAUAGUGUCUCGUCAUUAUCGAUGCAUUGGUUAACUUAGUUUGUGUAAGUCCAUUUGAGGUGCUCUUUUUAAUUUUGUUGUUUGCAUUGAUGGGCUGCCAUUUGGAAUGUAUUGAUGCCUAAUGUGUGUAUUGGAAGUAUCAAGUAGGUGGUCAGAAAACCAUUCUACAAUUUCAAACACUAUUCACAAAGAUGAACUCCAAUUAGUCUUUAGUCCAAUCAAAAUGCAGUGUCUGUUAAAAAAUUUUUUUUUUAAUUCUUUAUUUUAGUUGUGCAUAUGAUAACAGUCGCUUGUGAGGUACCCCAAAGGCAGUCCUCUAGCGCGUGAUAAACAGUUUAAACAUUAGGGUAGACUUUGGAUCCAGCACAUUUUUUGCGGUUAAUAAUGUUAUGAUCAGUAUAUAUUUACUUUGCUUAAGCAUUUCAAAGCAUAACACGGAACAACAUCGCUUGUAUCUUUCUAGAUAGAAGGGUUUUACGCUAUGUCAUAAGCUAGUCAAACAGAAAAUAAUUAUACUAAACUUACAUGAGCAAGAGUAAAGUAACACAGUAUAUAAUUAGGAGUUUGCAGGCUAUAAUCACAGAAGUAUUUGGUCACUGAUUGUAACUGAUCUAGUUCACUGCACUGUCUAGAAAAUACACUUUAGCAUCGAGAUAUGCAUGCUUGUGAGACGUGUGGUAGGUGCUAAUAUGGACAUGCACAAAAAUGUUUGUAUUUUAUACAUCAUGCAAUAAACAUUUAAACAUUUGUUGAUUUGCAAUGCCUCAUUGUUACUUAUAGCUAAAGUAUAAACAAGUUAGGCUAUGGCAUAUGAUAGUUGAGUGUAUUUUCGACACGCCAGGUCAUGUAUACAUAUAACUUCGAGUGUCAUAGCUAAGUACACUUUUGCUUAUAGUUAAAUAUGCAGGUCUCAUGUUAAACAUAAUAAGAGAAAAUGGUAAAAUAAAAUAAGAAAUUAGGAAGGCUUGUUACUCGUGUUAUAGACUGAAGCUUAAGGCAUAUUGGUAGUAUGACCUAUAUGUGGGGGGGGGGUGCUGAGAUAUGGGACUCAAAUCUUAAACAACUUAAAAACUUUAGAGCUCUGUUGGGCAAGUUAGUCUAAAGGGACAUUGCUUGGCUUAUUUGGCUGACAUUGACCAUUAGGGAUAGCAUACCAAAAGAGUAAACAUGCUUGCACUUAAAUCAACAAGGUUGGCAGGACAAUAUAAGCAGGAUAGUGUCCGCUGGGGUGGGAUGGAGGUGGUGAUAAGGCAGCAGGCUAGCCCCCAAUGCGUUCCCGAAAGUCAGCCGACUCCCAUAGUCGGUAUGUUCCUGGUGCCUGCAAGUGAAGCGUGGGUGGUGCUCAAAGGUAGUGUCCACAGGUCAUAAGUGAUGCUCAGAGGCAAUGUCCACAGGUCAGUAUUGCUUCUCCUGGCUGGGGUCUCUAUGCGCGUGUGGUAGUGGACUCGCCGUACUGUUCGGGCGUUCCAGCUGCGGCUCGAUUUCCCCAGUCUCUGGCUCCGGGCCUUAGCGAGAGCCCCCGCCUUGUGACCAUGGAGCCUUCCAGACACGGUGGUUGGCUCGGGGGCCCGCGGGUUCUCCCUGUCCCGGGUGUCCCCACGGGUGUAUGGACGGCAUGGGGUAAGCCCCUGAUGGGCUCCCAGCCCAGAAGAAUGCCGGGUAGUCAGGGCGGCAUCUUUGUACGCCUUUUUGAUGGGCGCUGCUGGUUUGGUUUUUGGUUUGGGUUUACAGACCUCCCUCAGGGUUUGUGCUGGUAGGCCCGAGUUGCUCUGUUUGGGUUGUGGCUCGGCGGCCUUCUUGGUAGCGCCAUGCUUGCUGCUUUUACGCCUCUCGCUUAUUUGUGGUGAGGCCGUCGGUUUCAUUUUAGCCUCCAGCUUGCGCCAGAAAGUGUCGAAGAGUGCUUCCAGUCUUUGCCGGGUCCCAUACUGUGGGUCUGUAGGUUCAAGGGGAAGUGUGGCGUCCGCCAUGUUGGGUGCAGCAUCUUGUUGCAUGCUUCCCCGCGCUUUUCCCCACUGUUCCCGCUCCAGUCUCGUUUUGUCUCUCAGGUGUGGACCGCGAUCACCCCCGACUGGGGACGGGGACGGGGGGGGGUGUAACAGGGUUCCCGCUUGCGUUGUGUCAGCAUUUCGUGGCGCCGGACCGGGGGAUCGGCCGCCUCUCCCGCUCUACGGUCGCCAGGCCUCAUGGCGCGAGUCGGUCUGUCAGCCGGUUUCAGAGUGAUCCCAGGCUGCAUGGUUGGUUCAGUGCCCUUUAGUGGGUCAGAUGAGACCAUUUGGGUUUCUCUUUUUUAAAGCUUUUAGGGCUGAAACGUCGUGUUUUGCCCUGUGUUCUGAGGAGCUCUGCAGUGGCACGUCUAUCUUCCAUGCUGGUCAGGCCCCGCCCCCCGUGUCUGUUAAAUUUUAACAUCAGUCAAGUUGUGCCACUGACAUGGCGCUUUGAAUUUUUAUUUUUUAUUUUAUAUUUUUUAAGUAACACUCCUACACCAUAAACACUUUAACUCACUCUAGUGGUUAUAGUACCUGGAGUGUCUUGAUGUCCCCUGUUAUAAUCAGUUAAACUGUUUAAGAAUAGUUCACUUCAUUCCUGGCACUCGUGCACACCAUUUCCUCUCAGCAGCCAGUAGAGUUAGGAGCUUGUGUUGGCUGCACCGCAGUGCAGGGCUAGCUCAUUGACUGAGUGUAUAAGCUGAUCACUCUCAGCGAAUGAACUAGGCCCUGCAUUGCUGGGUUUAGCUCUGACAGUUUCCAGCUGAAGGGGGGCAGCACCUGGUAAAUUUCAAAUUGUUUGACCAACAAUAAUGGGGCACUCCUGGCACCUCAACCACUACAGCGCACUGUAGUGAUUAGUGUUUGGAGUGUUCCUUUAAUACCAGUAAAGUAGUGCACUCACCUUGUUUAAAGUGCCCAAAUACAAAAUAAUAUAAUAAAAUAUCUAUAGCUCUAUCCCAAAUGAUAACUUGCAUGCAUUUUAUUGAAGGGGCACUAUAGUCACCAAAACAACUUAACUGCUUAAUGAAGCAGUUUUUGUGUAUGGGUCAUGCCAGGGAUGUUUCUCUGCUCAGUUUUUAACUUAGGAGUUAAAUAACUUGUUAAUGAUUAUACAGCCCUAGCCACAGUAAAUUGAACUUUAAUUACAUACAGGAGGCUCCUGCAGAGUCUAGAAAGCUAUUAACGGAGCAGAAGAUGAGAAAUUCUAAAUGAAACAGAAUUUGCAAUACAGGAAGUGUAAACCUUAAUGGUUAUUUACAGGAACUGUUUAGAAAGGCUGUGCAAGUCACAUGCCUUCGUUGAGACUAGGGCUGUCUAAACAAAGUGAUUUAACUCCUAAAUGGCAGAGACUUGAGCAGUGAGACUACAGGGGCAUGAUCUUCACACUAAACAACUUAAUGAAGCUGAAGUUGUUUUGUUGGCUAACGUGUCCCUUUAAGCAUUUUUUAAUUGGGGGUAUAUCUAAAAACUGUUUGCAAAAGCUGCAGUUCUCUUGUCUGAAGUUCUCUUUACUCGGACUACCCAAUGCAGCUAAUUGAGAAGUCUUUGCAAGGCAGGUGCUCUGGGCAAUCACAGCCUCUUAUUUUUAGGUCACUGAGCUAAACAAACUCAAAGUAACAGGACAGGUUAUUUGACAGGCAAGUAGGGGUUGGAGUGUGCAACUGUUAAUUUACAAAAAGGCCAAUUUCUAUUGAAAACUGCACUUUUUGCAAAAAAUGAGAAAAUGGCUUUUCAGAAAGCUAAAGUGCUUUAUGGGUCAAGUGUGUCCCUUUUAACAUUGUGAGAUUCUACAUGUAACAAUGCUCAUUUUAACUUAAUUAAAUCUGUACCACUAUCAGUGACCAAGUUUUUAUAACCUCGUUAAAGCUUUGCGUAAUACCUUUUUCUUGAUGGCGAAUGACUCCAGCCAUUUUAAUCUUCCCCCACUUUUUUUUAACACAAAAACAAAAGGCUAAAAUGUAAAUUUAGACUGAUUUUACAAAAUUCAUUUAAAAUGUUACAUACAAAAUAUUAAAUAGCAAUAUUAUUGUGAUAUCAGAACAGAAUACUAUGUUGGCAAUUUGUGUAAUGAAGUGACUUCUAUUUAUUACCAUUUAGGCUGCUAUUGUGAGAAUUAUGAAAAUGAGGAAGGUUCUGAAACACCAGCAGCUUCUUGGAGAAGUCUUGACUCAGUUGUCUUCAAGAUUCAAACCUCGUGUUCCUGUUAUCAAGGUAGUUUAAUGGUCAUAUAGCCCUGUUUAUAGGUACUACUGUUAAGGUAAUGUUUGUGUAAAUAAGGUAGCAAGACUGAACGAGGCACCGCUAUGUUUCUUACGGUCACCUUUGUUAUUUAGGAAAUAUAUAAUGAAUUAAACCUAAUAGACCUUGGUAAUCUCUCUGGGAUUCCCAGGAUGCACUUUAUCUCCAUGAAUGGGCCAUGAGGAAAUGAUUACCAAAGUCUGCACCUGCCAGAGGUGUAUACUUUACACUUCCCCUCUAGACCGCCAGGGAAUUUGACCUCACACUGGACCACUGGGUGGAGGGAGGCAGACAAACACAUACAGCCAGUACACAUCAGAGACAUAAAUUACAAGCACAUAGCACACACCACACAAACUGUGGGGGAGGACAAAGGACACUAGACCUUUUCUAUUCAGACAUGGACAUUGACAGGGUGAUUCACUAAGCUCUAAAUUUUCCCAAGUUUAAUCAGAUUGACUAAACUGAGGCAAAAAUAGCCAGCUGUGGCUAUAGCUGAACUGGAUAAUUUUUUCAGAUCAACUAUUUUUACCUGAGGUUUUUUCCAUACAGAUUUAAUUUGAGAAAAUUGAGUGUUUGGUGAAUAAUUCCUGUCAAUGUUCAGGUCUAGGCAGAGUCCCUAAAAUUUCUAAUUUAAAAUUGUGUGCCAGGACAAGUAGAUUGGACUUGCACAUUAGUCUCUCGGACAAGUAAAUAACUGACUUUUACAGUGCUCAUUUUACAUUUUUCUUGUAUUGCUCACAUUAAGAUAUAUUCGUUAUUGAUAAUCUAGCAUUAAGAGAUCUUCAUACAUGUGAUGGAUUUUUUUUUUUCUUCCAGAAAUGCAUUGACAUUCUUAUAGAGAAGGAGUAUUUGGAGCGUGUGGAUGGAGAAAAGGACACCUACAGUUACCUGGCUUAAAUAAAUUUUUAUACAUAUAUUUAGCAAUUGACCGAGUGGUAAAACUUCAUUUGUGUGACCCUCGGCAGAUAGUAAAAGUUAUGUGAUGGAAAGAAUGGAGACACAACUGAACUUCAUAGGAGCCAAUAUGCUGCCACCUGGUUAACCUCUUAACACCAGGAAUAGGACUCCCAACAAGCCAGCCUCGGAUAUACAUCUGUACUGCUCAGGACUGAUAACAUUUCAAGCAUGUAAAUAUGGAAAUAUGGACACCAGUGCCCUUUAAUUUAAGAACAGAGGGGAGUCUGUACCCAUACAGAACAGAAGUUUGCAUGCUAGCACCUCCCUUCUUUUAAAUCAAUACAUUUUGGCUGUACAGGCAACCAUUAUCGGUGAAGACAGUCCCUAGAUAUAUUGGCAGCGCACACUAAAAGUUUGAAUGGACCUAAUGUAAUCUGCUAUGAAAAUCCCAUUUGUAUAGUGUGUUUCAUUUUUUUAAUGUGUGAAAAAUAAAAACAGAAAAAAUAUCACUUUCUGUACAAGUUUCUUUUUUCUUUUUUUUCUUCCUAAAUGUAAAUAAAAAGAUACAAUUACGAAAA